GCUCACCGUCUCCGGAUUGAAUGAACUCGACAUAAAGAGAAGAAAUCCUCCUCAGAAGAAAUUGGAUACGAAAACGAGGACAAAAAGGAGAUGAAGAGAAUGAAAGCAGGGAUUUUAGAACAGUCUGUUUAAAGUUGUGUUGUGGAACCAGGAGACCAAUGCUGAUAUCUUCUCCCCGUGAACCUCUGGAUCAUCAUGUAGCGUCUCCUCCUCGCUCUGAGGUCUGACAGCUGGAGAAUGUCUCUGGAAGAUGGAGGGAGCUCUGCAAGUCUGGGAGCUGAAAGCUGCUCUUCAGACCGCUGCAAUGGCUCUCUGUGUCCGGGUCAGCACCAGGACCUGGACCAGCAGAACCACCAGAACCAGAGCCAGGACGGGAUCGUUAUGGAGCGCAUCGCCUCUCUGACGCUGGACAUGUUCGACCCCAGUGACUUCACUGGGAGGUUCACUAAGAUCCAGUCUAGGUCCAGGAAAAGGACCCGGAUCUGUAGAGCCUCUCCAGUGGGACUGAAGCCGGCCCUCCCCCCCGUCACAGGAACCCUGGGAGAGAGGAAGGGUCCGGUCAUCAUGGCGCCCGUCAACGUGGACCCUGAGAGUAAACCGGGCGAGUUCGUCCUGAAGAGCCUGUUCGCCAACUUCACCUUGCUCUCCGAGCGCAAGAUCCGCAUCAUCAUGGCCGAACCACUGGAGAAGCCACUCAACAAAUCUCUGCAGAGGGGAGAGGACCCGCAGUUCGACCAGUUGAUCAGCAGCAUGAGUUCUCUAGCGGAGUACUGCCUGCCGUCCAUCCUGAGGACUCUGUUCGACUGGUACAAGAGACAGAACGGCCUGGAGGACGAGUCCCACGAGUACCGGCCCAGAGCCAACACCAAGACUAAGAAUGACGAGCAACAGAAGGACUACUUGUUGGAGCGGAGGGAUCUGGCAAUAGACUUCAUCUUUUCUCUCGUGCUCAUAGAAGUUUUAAAGCAGAUUCCCCUCCAUCCUCUUCUGGACGGACUCAUCCAGGAAGUUAUAAACCUGACAUUCAAGCACUUCAAAUACAAAGAAGGGUAUCUGGGACCCAACACAGGCAACAUGCACAUCGUGGCUGACCUCUAUGCUGAGGUGGUGGGAGUCGUAGCUCAGUCCAGGUUCCCAGCAGUGAGGAAGAAGUUCAUCUCGGAGCUGAAGGAGCUGAGGCAGAAGGAGCAGAGCCCCUACGUCAUCCAGUCCACCAUCAGCCUCAUCAUGGGACUCAAGUUCUUCCGCAUCAAAAUGUACCCGGUGGAAGACUUUGAAGCCUCCUUCCAGUUCAUGCAGGAGUGUGCUCAGUAUUUCCUGGAAGUGAAGGAUAAAGACAUUAAACACUCAUUAGCCGGACUCUUUGUGGAGAUACUUGUACCUGUAGCUGCUACUGUGAAAAACGAGGUGAACGUGCCCUGCCUACGAACCUUCGUAGAGAGUUUGCACGACACCACGCUGGACCUGUCCUCCAGGAAGAAGCACUCUCUGGCUCUGUACCCGCUGGUCACCUGCCUGCUGUGUGUCAGUCAGAAGCAGUUCUUCCUCAGCCGCUGGCACGUCUUCCUCAACAACUGCCUCUCCAACCUCAAGAAUAAAGACCCGAAGAUGGCCCGCGUGGCUCUGGAGUCCCUGUACCGCCUGCUGUGGGUCUACAUGAUCCGGAUCAAGUGUGAGAGCAACACUGGAACACAGAGCCGUCUGACCUCCAUCACCUCCACUCUCUUCCCUAAAGGGAACCGCAGCGUCGUGCCCAGAGACAUGCCGCUCAAUAUUUUUGUCAAAAUCAUCCAGUUUAUUGCGCAGGAGAGACUGGAUUUCGCCAUGAAGGAGAUCAUAUUUGACCUGCUGAGCGUCGGGAAACCUGCCAAAGCCUUCAGCCUCAACCCCGAGCGUAUGAACAUCGGUCUGCGGGCGUUCCUGGUGAUAGCAGACGCUCUGCAGCAGAAGGACGGAGAGCCUCCGAUGCCCAACACGGGCGCCACGCUGCCCUCCGGGAACUCUCUGAAGAAGAAGAAGACGUAUCUCAGCAAGACGCUCACUGAGGAGGAAGCUAAGCUAAUCGGUAUGUCCCUGUACUACUCCCAGGUGAGGAAGGCUCUGGACAACAUCCUGAGACACCUGGACAAGGAGGUGGGACGCUGCAUGAUGCUCACCAGCGUCCAGAUGCUCAACAAGGAACCAGAGGACAUGAUCACCGGUGAGAGGAAACCAAAGAUCGACCUGUUCAGGACGUGUGUUGCUGCUAUUCCUCGUAUCCUCCCUGACGCCAUGUCCAAACCUGAGCUCAUCGACCUGCUGUCACGCCUGACGGUGCACAUGGACGAUGAGCUGCGUCUGAUUUCCCAGAACUCCCUGCAGAGUCUGCUGCUGGACUUCUCAGACUGGAGGGAGGACGUCCUGUUUGGUUACACACAUUUCCUCCUGCGAGAGGUGCAGGACACCCACCAGGGUCUGCAGGAUGCUUCAGUGAAGCUGCUGCUGCAGCUGCUGACCCAGUGGAGGCUAGCGCUGCAGCUGCAGGGCAAGACCAGAGGGGGAGUCGAGUCCAGCCCCAGACUACCUGAGCGGAGUCCCCACUGCUCGGUGCUGCAUGCGGUGGAGGGACUGGCCCUGCUGCUGCUCUGCUCCUGUCAGAUCAGCACCAGGAAGCUGGCCGUGGGCGUGUUGAGAGAGAUCCGCUGCCUCUUCACCGCUCUGGGACACGCUGAGGAUGAUGACAGACCCAUGAUCGAGGUCAUGGACCAGCUGAGUCCCGCCGUCAUGGACAGCUUUGUUCAUGUGGCCGUCUCUGACUCGUCCACGCUGCCCCUCAACCACCACGUGGACCUGCAGUGGCUGGUGGAGUGGACGGCUCGGCUGGUGAGCAGCUCCUACGACGUGAAGAGCCCCAGCCACGUCUGGAUCUUCGCCCAGUGCCUGAAGGACCCCUGGGUGCUCUGCCUGCACAUCUUCCUCCGUCAGGAGCACCUCCCCAAACACUGCCCCACGGCGCUGGGCUACGCCUGGCCCUACGCCUUCACACGGCUGCAGCUGCUGCUGCCGCUGGUCGACCCCAACAGUCCAGUGAACGCCAAGAAGACGAGCACGGCGGGCAGCGACAGCUACCUCUCCCUGUGGAGGAACUACCUGAUCCUGUGUCUGGGCGUGGCCAAGCCCAGCAUCAUGUCCCCGGGUCACCUGAGGGCCUCCACGCCAGAGAUCACCGCCACCACGCCCGACGGCAGCGUCACCUACGACAACAAGGUGAUCGGCACGCCCUCCGUGGCCUGGCUGCUCAAACAGCUGGUUCCUCUGAUGAGGGCCGAGAGUCUGGAGAUCACCGAGUCCCUGGUGCUGGGCUUCGGCUGCACCAACGCUCUGGUGUUCAGGGAGCUGGUGGAAGAACUCCAUCCACUGAUGAAGGAGGCGCUGGAGAGGAGGCCGGAGAACAAGAAGCGCAGAGAGAGGAGAGAUCUGCUGCGGCUGCAGCUGCUGAGGAUCUUUGAGCUGCUGGCCAACGCUGCAGUCAUCAGUGACAGCACCAACGGGGCGUUGGAGCGAGACUCCCUGGCGCUGGGCGCUCUCUUCCUGGAGUACGUGGAUCUGACCCGGAUGCUGCUGGAGGCCGAGAACGAGAAGGAGCAGGACGUGCUCAAAGACAUCAGAGCUCAUUUCAGCGGGAUGGUGGCGAACCUCAUCCAGUGUGUUCCUGUGCACCACCGGCGCUUCCUGUUCCCUCAGCAGUCUCUGAGACACCACCUCUUCAUCCUGUUCAGCCAGUGGGCCGGACCCUUCAGCGUCAUGUUCACGCCCCUCGACCGCUACAGCGACCGCAACCACCAGAUCACCCGCUACCAGUACUGCGCUCUGAAGGCCAUGUCAGCGGUUCUGUGUUGCGGUCCGGUGUUUGACAACGUGGGUCUCUCCACUGACGGAUAUCUCUACAAGUGGCUCGACAACAUCUUGGCGUGCCACGACAUCCGGGUGCACCGUCUGGGCUGUGAGGUGGUGAUCCUGCUCCUGGAACUGAACCCAGACCAGAUCAACCUGUUCAACUGGGCCGUGGACCGCUGCUUCACCGGCUCCUACCAGCUGGCGUCCGGCUGCUUCAAGGCCAUCGCCACCGUCUGCGGCAACAGGAAUUACCCGUGUGACCUGGUGACGCUGCUCAACCUGGUGCUGUUCAAGGCUUCAGACACCAGCAGAGAGAUCUACGAGAUCUCCAUGCAGCUGAUGCAGGUGCUGGAGUCGAAGCUGUGUGCGUACUCUAAGCGGAUGGUGGAGCAGAAGCCUGGUAACAUCCUGUACGGGACCCACGGCCCCCUGCCGCCCCUCUACAGCGUCAACCUGUCCCAGCUCUCCAUCCAGCUGGCCAGCAUGUACCCAGAGCUCACCCUGCCGCUCUUCUCAGAGGUGAGCCAGCGUUUCCCCACCACGCACCCCAACGGGAGGCAGAUCAUGCUGUCCUACCUGCUGCCGUGGCUCAGUAACAUCGAGCUGGUGGACACGGGGCUGCUGCCCCCGGCCUCCAGCCCCUGCACCCCCGAGGAGGAGCCCCGCGGCCAGGGCCAGGGCCUGGGCGUGGCCCCCAGCCUGAGAGGCAGCGGCUGGGGCUCCCUGCAGGCCACGUCCCUGGUGCUCAACAACCUCAUGUUCAUGACGGCUAAGUAUGGAGACGAGGUUCCUGGCCCGGAGAUCGAGAACGCCUGGAACGCUCUGGUGUCCAACGAGAGGUGGAGCAACAACCUGCGGAUCACGCUGCAGUUCCUCAUCAGCCUGUGUGGAGUCAGCAGCGACACCACGCUGCUGCCUUAUAUCAAGAAGGUGGUGAUCUACCUGUGCCGUAACAACACCAUCCAGACGAUGGAGGAGCUGCUGUUUGAGCUGCAGCAGACCGACCCGGUCAACCCGGUGGUGCUGCACUGUGACAACCCGCCCUUCUACCGCUUCGCCGCCAGCCACAAGGCCUCCACCUCGCAGACCGGCACCACGUCCAGCAGCAACACGGUGGUGGCCGGUCAGGAGAACCUGACGGACACCGACGAGAACAAGCUGGUCAGAGAGAGCGAGGAGCGCAUUGCCCGAGCUCACAACCGGCUGGAGUCCCGCUACAGCAACAGCUCCGGAGGAUCCUACGAGGACGAGAAGACCGACCCCCUCCCGCCCUACGCUGGCUGGCUGCUGGGCGUCCUGGAGACCAACCACCCGCAGCCGCUACCGAUGCCCGUUAACGGAGGCUGCUGGGCUCCUCUGGUGGACUACCUGCCAGAAACCAUCACACCUAGAGGACCGCUGCACAGGUGUAACAUCGCUGUGAUCUUCAUGACUGAGAUGGUGGUGGACCACAGCGUGAGGGAGGACUGGGCUCUCCACCUGCCACUGCUGCUGCAUGCCCUGUUCCUGGGUCUGGACCACUACAGGCCAGAGGUCUACGAACACAGCAAGCGUCUCCUCCUGCACCUCCUCAUCGCUCUCUCCUGCAAUAACAACUUCCAGGUGAUAGCUUCAGUUCUCAUGCUGACCAGAGAAAUCAGUGACAACAAGACGCUCACCAUCAAGUCCAGCUACCACACAGAGUACCAGCAGUCCCAUGCUCCUGACUUCCUGCGGGAGUGGCAGGCGUCUCCGGUGGCGGACUCCGGCCUCAGCUCCACCUCCAACUCUUCCUCCGCCAGUCUGGGUGGCGGCAGCACGGCGGGCAGCGUGGGGAACCUGCCCCUGGUUACCCCCGACGACCUGGAGGACCUGGAGGACACGCCCAACGAGACCGACGAGAAGACCAACAAACUGAUCGAGUUCCUCUCCACCAGUGCCUGGAGUACUGUGUUGUUGGUCCUCAGAGCGUUGGGGCCGCUGUGGGUCCACGAGGACAUCACGCCCAAGAACCCAAACUCCAAAAGCACCGAGCAGCUCUCCAACUUCCUGCGCCACGUCGUCUCCGUCUUCAAGGAGUCCAAGUCAGACUUCCACCUGGAGCAGCAGCUGAGCGACGUGGCGCUGCAGACGGCUCUGUGCAGCUCGUCUCGUCACUACGCCGGACGCUCCUUCCAGGUGUUCAGAGCUCUCAAACAGCCAAUCAACAACCACGCUGUGGCCGACCUGGUGUCCCGGCUGGUGGAGGUGGUGGGAGAACACGGAGACGAGGUGCAGGGCUAUGUGAUGGAGGUGCUGCUGACGCUGGAGUCGGUGGUGGUGAAUCUAGCCGAGUGUCUGAAGAACAGCGACCUGAUGGCGGCUCUCACCAGGACCUCCUCACCAGACUUUGUGACUAGUGACAAGCUGAUGAACAGGAAGAGCACGGGGCAGCUGAACUUCCCUGGUCCCGGCUUCGCUGGUCUGUCCUCACAGCGCCACCAGCGGUCCUACUCCGUCCCCAAGAAGUUUGGCGAGUGCGGCCACCACGCCAACGAUCCUCCACGCAGCGCCACGCUGGACCGCAUACAGGCGUGUAACAGCCACGGCCUGGCCCGGACAGGAAGAGCUCCCGGCUCCUGCACCUCCUCCACCAAUCGGAUCGAUCCCAGCGUUCUGUCCGAUCCUGCUCACAUCUCUCAUCCCUCAACCAUCCUGGCCACAGUCUUCUGGGUGGCCGUGUCCCUCAUGGAGUCAGACUUUGAGUUUGAAUAUCAGAUGUCACUUCGCCUCGUUCACAAGCUGCUGUCAAAGGUGCCGUUAGACCGAGCAGAGAACCGCGAGCGUCUGGAGAAGCUGCAGGCCCAGCUGAGGUGGAGCGGCUUCUCUGGGAUCCAGCAGCUGCUGCUGAAGGGUUUCACCUCUCAGGCCACGUCCGACCUCACGCUGCAGCUCUUCUGCCAGCUCACGCCCGUCUCACGGGUCCCUGUUGUUGACAGCACUCAGUCUAUAGGUUUCCCUCUGAACGUUCUCUGUCUGCUGCCUCACCUGGUGCAGCACUUUGGACACCCGACUCAGUUCUGUAAGGAGAGCGCUGAGAGGAUCGCUCAGGUGUGUCUGGUGGAGAAGCACACCAAGCUGUCCCACCUGGCCCACGUGAUGACGCUCUAUAAGACGCGCUCCUACACCCGGGACCCGUUCUCCUGGGUCAGCGUGGUCUGCCGCUACCUGCACGAGGCCUUCUCUGACAUCACACUCAACAUGGUCACCUAUAUGGCAGAGCUGCUGGAUAAAGGUCUUCCCAGCAUGCAACAGUCUCUCCUGCAGAUCAUCUACUGUCUGCUGAGCCACAUGGACCUGACCGCCGUCCAGGUCAAACAGUUCAACGCUGACGUCACCAAGACCAUCGAGAAGUUCGUCCAGACCAUCCACUGGAAGGACGCCCUGAACAUCCUGAAGCUGGUGGUGUCUCGCUCCGCCAGCCUGGUCCACCCGGUGUACGGCCACUCGCAGGGCGACCUGUCCAACCUGGAGGUCAGCCGGGUCUGGGACGGCUCGGCCAAGGCUCUGCCCGGGAAAACUCUCGACUUCACCUUCGACAUCUCUGAGACUCCGGUGAUCGGGCGUCGCUUCGACGAGCUGCAGGGUUCAGGAGGGCGAGAGGGGAAGGCCAGAGCCAUGGCCGUGACCCGCAGCACCUCCUCCACCUCCUCCGGCUCCAACUCCAACACCAUCCUGGUGCCCGUCAGCUGGAGACGCCCUCAGUCCUCCCAGAAAAGAACGAGGGAGAAGCUGGUGAACGUUUUGUCUCUUUGUGGACAAGAAGUUGGACUCACCAAGAACCCGUCUGUGAUCUUCUCCUCGUGUGGCGACUUGGACAUGAUGGAGGUGCGUGAGAGCGGCGUGUCAUCGGAGGAGGGCGGGACCAGAGAGGACACGCUGGACGACACGGCCAGCGAGCAGCAGUUCAGAGUCUUCAGAGACUUUGACUUCCUGGACGUGGAGCUGGAGGACGGAGAGGGAGAGACGGUGGAUAACUUUAACUGGGGCGUCCGGCGGCGCUCUCUGGACAGCACGGAGCUGGGAGACCUGCUGGAGGAGAGCCAGCACUCAGGCAGCACCCCCAGCCUGGGCCACGAGGACCCCCACGACUCAGACGAGUCCUCGGAGGAAGAGGAGUCCUCAACCAGCCAGAGCCUCUCCCACUCCCAGCUGACGAACCCUUCUCCAUCAGAGGAAACCAACCACACCGACUCUCUGUCUACUUCCUACGACACGUCAGCUGACCCGCCGUCCUUCAGUGCCACCACGCCGGGCCAGGGCGCCGUCCACGACGACCACGGCGGCCUACACGGGAGGGUGAGCCUGGAGGACGAGGACACUCAGCCUCAGGACGACGAGCUCUCGCUGAGCAUCGCCGAGCUGCCGCACGGCUCCGACUGUGGCGAGAGCUUCACCCUGGAGCUGGCGGGCCAGCCUCUGGACCAGCAUCUGGACCAGCUGGACCAGCUGGACCAGCCUCUGGACCGGCCUCUGGACCAGCUGGCCCGCCUGGAGCACAGAGGCCUCAGCGCCGACUACUGCCAGCCGCCGCUGGACUUCCUGGACCCCAACUGUCUGCCCAGCUUACGUGAUGAUGUAGAUGACUUGGAAGACCUUGGUUUUCCUCCUCCCCCUUCUCCAUUUUUCUCCGCCAUCUUGGCAGCCUUCCAGCCCGCGGUGUGUGACGACGCGGAGGAGGCGUGGCGCUGCCACAUCAACCAGCUGGUGACCGACUCAGACGGGUCCUGUGCCGUUCACACCUUCCAAGUCUUCUCCUCUCUCUUUAAGAACAUUCAGGGUAAGUUCUGCCUCCUGACCACUGAUGUUGCCACCUACCUUGGAGAGGGUUUAAGGGGCAUCGGGUCAAAGUUCCUCCGCUCCUCUCAGAUGCUGACCACGUGCUCCGACUGUCCCACCAUCUACAUCGAUGCUGACACGAUCAUGUCCUACGGGCUCCUUGAGAAGAUGAAGUUCAGUGCUCUGGAGCUGCAGGAGUACCUGGACACCUACAACACCAGAGAGGAUGCUGCUAUCACAUGGCUGAGGAACUGUAAGGACACGUUCCCCAGGUGUCCUGGUGACAGCGUGGUCACCUGCCAGCCUGGAGACUCAGAGGAGAAGCAAAUGGAGUCUCUUGCACAACUGGAGCUCUGUCAGAGGCUCUACAAGCUGCACUUCCAGCUCCUCCUCCUGUUCCAGUCGUACUGCUCGCUCAUCGGUCAGGUCCACGCCAUCAGCUCCGUGCCUGAGCUCCUGAACAUGUCCCGAGAGCUGACCGGUCUGAGGACCAGCCUGCAGGCGGCGGAGGCGUCCGUGGCGAGCGACCUGGAGCACAAACACCUGGCCCACGCUCACGCUCACGCCACCCAGCUGGCCGCCAUGGUGGUGCCCAGCUUCCCCAGCGCCGAGGCCGCCGUGCAGGCCGUCCUGGAGUGCCUUAAGAACCACGAGUUCACCAAAGCUGUACGCUACAUCCAGGAAUGCAGGCGGCGCUGGCCCAGUGGCGUGUUCGGCGGCGCCUCGGAGAGCGAGGUCCAGACGCUGCUCAACGUCUACUUCCGGCACCAGACGCUGGGCCAGACGGGGACCAUCGCCCUGGUGGGGUCCCGCCAGGACCUCAGCCUGAUCUGCUCCAAGCUGCUGGAGCUCAACGGGGAGAUCCGCGACAUGAUCCGCCGCGCGCAGGGCUACCGGGUGGUCACCACCUACCUCCCCGACUCCAGCGCCUCGGCAACCAGCCUCUGACAGGAGCUCAGGAGCCCCCCGCCCCCGCCCUCCCCCCCCUUACCUCCCUUACCUCCCCCCUCACUCACCCUCCCCAGACC